AGGAAUUGCAUAAAAUACUGAAGAAAUAAAAGAGGGGAAGUCCAUAGGGGUGGCGGCUUCCUACAAGUCACAGAGAAAGCUGGUGGCAGAGCCUGAACCUAGAGCUCUGUUGGGUGGGAAACAGGAACAGAUGGGCAUGGAUGGGCAUGGCCUGGCAGGUGACCCAACUGCUGCUUCUGGCUUUGGUGACCGCUGCGGGGAGCGCCCAGCCCAGGAGUAUGUGGGCCAGGAUGGGCCUGCUGAAUGUCUGCAUGAACACCAUGCACCACAAGGCACAGCCCGGCCCCGAGGACAACCUGUAUGGCCAGUGCCGUCCCUGGAGGAAGAAUGCCUGCUGCACGGCCAACACCAGCCAGGAGCUGCACAAGGACACCUCCCGCCUGUACAAGUUUAACUGGGAGCACUGUGGCAGGAUGGAGCCCGCCUGGAAGCGCCACUUCAUCCAGGACACCUGUCUCUAUGAGUGCUCACCCAACCUGGGGCCCUGGAUCCAGCAGGUCAACCAGAGCUGGAGCAAAGAACGCAUCCUGAACGCGCACCUGUGCAAAGAGGACUCGAGCGCUGGUGGGAGGACUGUCGCACCUCCUACACCUGCAAGAGCAACUGGCACAAAGGCUGGAAUUGGACCUCAGGGAUUAAUGUGUCCGGCCGGGGCCCUCUGCCGCACCUUUGAGUCCUACUUCCCCACUGCAGCCGCCCUUUGUGAGGGCCUCUGGAGUCACUCCUACAAGGUCAGCGACUACAGCUGAGGGAGUGGCCGCUGCAUCCAGAUCUGGUUUGACUCGGCCCACGGCAACCCCAACGAGGAGGUGGUGAGGUUCUAUGCUGUGGCCAUGAAGGCUGGGGCUCCGUCCCGUGGAAUUUUGGGACCGUGAACAUUGGUUCCUGAUCCAAGAAGGGUCCCCUGGGGUUCCUCCGACAACUCAUUCUAAUAGACAGA